AUGCCAAAAAUAGGUUUAGCUUCUUCUCUUCCUAACCGCAUCUCCUUCGGCUCCUCCCUUUCUUUCCUAAUUAUCGCACGACUGAAAAUCCGCGUCAGAUUCGCCCUGCUGGCAGCCAGGACUGGUCCAUUUCUGGACCGCAACCAUGGUUUUAGUACCUUUGAGUUUGUCACAGAGCGCGCGUCUCUCGACGCGUUUGUUGUGACAACCUUGGACUCCAAUUUGCGCAAGCCUCAAAGCUAUCUUCAACGCACUUUCGGAAUCGACGUAUUGUCGGGGACGACGCGUCUUUCUAGAUCAGCCUUGGCGCCGCCCAAGACACGUCAAGCAUGCUCCCAAGGGUCGCCGAUGACAGACCUAUCUCCAAUUGCACCCGCUGUCCAGGGCGAAGAGUACCCGCCGCCUCAGGCUCUCUGGCGCCUAAAAUCCGCUUCUGCUGCGAUGAAUAAGGCGGACAAAGGUGAUACAGGGCUUGAUGAUGAGAUGACAUGGUUGAAGAGAUACAUUAUCAUUUUGAGGAAGAGUAGAAUGGUUAGUCAAAUCAUUUGCAAGACUUCUCCACUCCCACUUCACCAUUCACAACACAAACCACACUCCACAUCUAUCGACUUCUUCUCCUAUAUUGGAACAGAGCACUACGCCAAGCGAAUCAGGCCCCAGAUGCUUACGCCGACCGAUUUCGACCUCGAGAAGGAUGACAGAGCCGACCCUUUCUAUUGGAUUUGCUUUACUACAACCUGA